AUGUUAGAGAAGAACUUAGCCAGCCGACCUCUGGCAAACGGACUUAACCUAACUUUUGAGUUCUUGCUUUAUCAUUUUGGUGUGAUCACGGUCCUUAGGAGCUCUGGAGGAGGAUACUAUAUGAUCUGCAACCUGAUUUGGAGUAACGGAUGCUGUGGCAAUGACUGCUCCAGUAAAUCUACCAUAGUUCUGAUAGUGGCACAAUUGAUCUUGGGCAUAGUUACCGUGGGAAUGGUCUCCUACUACAUCCAGAAGUACCAGAACAUGAUCCAGACUCCAGAACUGUUCUUCCUUAUUGUGGCAACUAUUUUCAUGGCUGGAACGUUCUUCCUACUACUUUCCUGUUUACUGUCCAUAGCUACAGCUUCAAUAUUACCCAAAACGAUAUAUGAAGUAAUAUACCACGGAUUUGCAUUCUUGUUUCUACUUGCCGCAGGAUUGACAUUCGUCGUUUACGUGAAUCAAAAGAAAAAUUCUUACUACUAUGACUACGAUGCCUAUUUAGCUGCGGCAAUUUUGGGAUUGGUCAAUGCAGCUCUGUACUUGGGCAGCACGAUUUUCGCACUAAGAACCUACAGGGGACUCUAAAUAACUUCUGCCCAACUUUGUUUUAUUUUUACUUAAAUUAAUUUAUUGCUAAACAGACAACAAGACUUGAAUAGAAGAUAAUAUUACGAAUUAACUUAUACACCACACGAAAAAACUUAUUUUUUCAAUAAUAUACUCUACCUAAUA